CAGGUGUUCUCCAAUGACGGGCAAUUCAAAAUGAGGUUUGGGGUCAGAGGUCGGUCGCCGGGGCAACUGCAGAGACCCACGGGUGUUACCGUGGAUAUGAACGGUGACAUCAUCGUGGCCGACUAUGACAACCGAUGGGUCAGCAUCUUCUCCUCCGAUGGGAAGUUCAAGAAUAAGAUCGGGGCGGGGCGUCUGUUGGGCCCUAAGGGCGUGGCAGUGGACAGGAACGGACACAUCAUCGCCGUGGACAACAAGGCGUGCU